AUGAAGAAACUGACCCCAGACUCAGGCCCCGUCACCGACUAUGGUGCUUCAGUAGUUCACUACAUGCGCCACAGGCAACCAAGAUACCGGGGAUCAUAUGCUGGUGAAGUUGAAAGGCCCAGCCCGAGUUAUAUCGUUGAUAUGCUGCCACCAUACGCCCGAGUCACCAGCCCAGCAGACUCCGUACCAUCGCGGCAUCUUCACUCUUCCCUGAACAAAAUCAAGCACCCUAUUAAUGUUGUACGAUGGACCCCAGAAGGACGAAGGUUGUUGACUGCCAGUAGCAGUGGAGAGUUUACGCUCUGGAACGGCACAGGAUUCAAUUUCGAAACGAUCAUGCAGGCCCACGAUUCUGCCAUUCGUGCUCUAGUAUAUUCACACAGUGACGACUGGCUCGUUUCUGCGGAUCACGACGGUAUCAUCAAGUAUUGGCAGCCAAACUUCAACAAUGUCGAGAGCAUCAGGGGCCAUACAGACCCCAUCCGUGACCUUGCCUUCAGCCCCAACGACACCAAAUUCGUCACGGCUUCAGAUGAUCAGACACUCAAAGUUUUCGAUUUUGCUGGCGGCUCAACGGAUAUGACCUUGACUGGGCAUGGUUGGGACGCCAAGAGUUGCGACUGGCAUCCCAGCAGAGGCCUGAUCGUCUCUGGUUCGAAAGAUCAUUUGGUCAAGCUGUGGGAUCCCAGGACAGGUAGAUGCCUGACCACGCUUCAUGGGCACAAGAACACCAUCACCAAAACCCUCUUCGAGAGAGUGCAAGGAAACUGUCUGGCAACAUCAGCCAGAGAUCAGACAGCUCGCGUGUUCGACCUUCGAAUGAUGCGAGACAUCGCCCUCCUCAGGGGCCACGAAAAGGACAUUUCGACAUUGACGUGGCACCCAGUCCACUCCAAUCUCCUAAGCACCGGCGGCUCAGACGGCUCGCUAUUCCACUACCUACUGGACGAGCCGAACACUGCACCCGACGGCUCGGUCAUGCCGAUUCCGGCAGUUUACGACAGCGCCGACCCUUCCUCCGCACCUGCCCAACCCAUCUACCCAGCCCACAAGAUCCCCUACGCCCACGACUUCGCCAUCUGGUCGCUCGACUGGCACCCGCUCGGCCACAUCCUCGCCUCGGGAUCCAACGAUCGCAUCACCCGUUUCUGGUCCCGCGCAAGACCGGGCGAAGCACCCGAGUCCUUCAACGACCGCUAUCACAUCGGCGAAGCAGCAGCCGAAGCCCAAGGCACCUGGGACCGCCGCGGCGGCCGUCACAUGCGGCAAGUCGAAGAGGAGCAGGAGCUGGAGGACGAGAUGGACGGCCUGGUGGACCAGAAGAUGCCCAUCAAGGGGCAGCCCGGCGCCGGCGGCGGAAUGAUGCCCGGCCUUUCCUUCCCCAGCAUCCCCGGCCUUCCUCUCCAGCAGGUUCCUGGCUCUGGCCCUGGCGGCGGCGGCCUUAUCCCGCCACCACCCGUCAUCCCCGGCGUCGGCGGUGCCGGCGGCGUGCCGCCUCCUCUCCCCUUCCCUAUCCCCGGCAUGCCCGGUCUACCCGCUGGUGUCGUCCCGCCGCCCCUUCCCGGCAUGGACCUGAAGAACCCGCCCGACUUCAGCGCGAUCGCGGAGAUGAUGAAGAAGGCCGGUAUCCAACCGCCGCCGCCGCCGGGUGCUGGCGGUGGACCGAUGCCCCCUCCCGGCAUCCUGCCUCCUGGCCUCAUUCCGCCCCCAGGCGCGGCGGGCUUCCCUAUGCCCCCUCCUGGGUUCGCGCCUCCGCCGCCGAUUCCUGGUGCUGUGAUCCCGGGAGGAGUGACUCACCCUGAUGGUGGAAACGACCAGUAUGACUCGUCGGGCAGGAGACGUGCGCCGCUGCCUAGUCAGGAAGAGAGUCUGAGGAUGGAGCAGAGCAAGGGCAAUUAUACGCGCAUAAGAUAA